AUGAAUAACAAAGGAAACCCCAAACAUCAGUACCAAGAAGGCAAACCCCAGCCCCACUCGGAGGCUGUGAAAGCAGAGGAAGCCGGCAGGUGGACUCCGAAAGCCCUCAUAGGAGGUGAGCCUCUUCCUGUGGCGGCCACACACCAGCACAGCCCGUGCAGGAGCCUCUUCUUCUUCUUCUUCUUCCUCUUCUCUCCCAUCCCCAGGACUUUCUGGCCUGGCAAGAUGAAGUGGAGGAGGAUCGCCAUCCUUGCCACCCUGCAGGCCCAGCUCCCAGCCACAGAUGCUGCAUCAGUUCUUGGCCUCACAGAUCCCAGGCUCUGCUACGUGCUGGAUGGAUUCCUCUUCAUUUAUGCAGUGGUCAUGACAGCCCUUUUUGUGAAGGCCAAGCUCAGCCAGGCCUCUGAACCACAGCUGCGGGCAGGCCAGGAUGAUGUGUACAACAAACUCUCCCGCGGGCACAGAGACGAUUACGAUGUUCUGGGAGGAAAGCGAGGAGCAGACCCCGAGCUGGGCGGGAGACACCAGCAGAGGAGAAAGAACCCUCAGGACACUGUCUACACUUCACUGCAGAAGGACAAGAUGGGUGAGGCAUACAGCGAGAUUGGAAUGAAGGGAGAGCAGCAGAGGCGGCGAGGCAAAGGCAAUGAAGGUCUCUACCAGGGGCUCAGUGCAGCAACCAAGGACACUUAUGAUGCUCUCCAAAUGCAGCCUUUGCCCCCUCGCUAAGUGGGAGCCUCAGAGGGGAUGGGCAACAGUGAGAGAUGCCCACCUGCUUUGGGGAGGAGAGGGGGGAAAGUCUUUUUCAUCCAACACAGGCACUGUGUGUUUUCUGUGUGCAAGAACCUCCUCGGGUUGGUGCACAGAAUCUGGAGCUGGCCUUUUCCUUCUCUUUCUCCUCCUGAAUUAAGCAACUGCUUCUGCUAUUAGAAUGUACAUAUCUGUAAAGUUGUUUCCAAUUAUAGGGGGUAUUAGGCUGAUUUUUUCUUUGGUCAGCUUUGUGUUGUGAAGAUCAGAUCACACCUUCUAAAAAACACAGCUAUUUCCAUAGG